AUGCCAUUCACGCCCAUCACCGCCGCGCCGACGUUCCGCACGCUCGAGGAGGCCGCCGAGGGCGAGCAGUCGACGCCGGCGUCGUUUGCCGCACUGCCGCCCGUGCUGCGCCUCCGUCUCGACGGCGUGCUGUGCCGCAUCUCGCCGCCGCUCGCCGGCAGCAGUGGCAGCGCCAGCAAUGGCAGCGGCAGCGCCGAGAGCCAGGCGAAGGGCUCGCUGUGGGUCACUGAUGCCGCCCUCUCCUUCAUUCCCGACACGGGCGACGGCUGGGCGCUCGACUACCCCACGCUCUCGCUGCACGCCGUCUCGCGCUCCUUCCCGGAAGGCAUGACGCCUGAGGCGUCGGGCUCCGCCGCAGAUGCAGAGAUGGCGCACCCGGCCGGCCCCGGUUGCGUGUACUGUCAGACCGACGAUGCUGCGGGCGACGAGGAGGCGGACGAGGACGACGAGGACGCCAUGCGCGAGCUCUGGCUGCUGCCGAACAGCCAGUCGGAGCUGGAGCCGCUGUUCGCUGCGCUCUCCAAGGCUGCCUCGCUGCACCCCUCUUUCGGAGGCGCCGAUGCUGCCUCGGGGCAUCCUUUCGCCGGGCUCGGCGCGUUCGGCACGGGCGCACCAGAGGGCGCAGAGGAGGGCGAAGGCGCAUUCGACGAUGCCGAGGAUGACGACGAGGCAGCAGCGGCAGAUGGCGAGCUGAGCGCCGGCGGCAGGCGCACUCUGAACCACCUGGAGGCUCUGCUCGCUGCGUCAUCCGCCCACGAUGUGCAAGACGACGACGACGCGAGCGCGCAGGCUGGUCCAUCGCGGCAUCCUCCUGCUUCGCCGACUGCUUCAUUCCACUCGUCGGACCCGCGACGCCUGCAGUCCGGCGGUCUCGACGUCGGCGAGGCGGAGGCAAGCGGCGCAACGAACACAUUGCACUUGACUGCUCUGCCGCCGCUCUUCUUCGAGGAGAUGGAGCUCGUCUCUGGCCUGCUCGACUUGCUCCACGCCCACGGCCCGCUCGCGAGCUGGCAUCCGCUGCCGGCCUUCGGCCGUGCCAUCGUCGUUUUUGAGCAGGCUAGCGAUGCGGCAAAGGCAAAGGUGCAAAUUGACGGUCUGCGCCUUGUCUUCGAGGAUGACGAGGCUGGACCGAUCAAGCGCCAGCAAGGCGAUCGCUCGCCCGCCAUCCGUGCCUACUUCGGCCCGCAGUCGCCACUGCACUACGAGGAGGCAUCGCGUCUGCUCGGCGUGCCCGUGACAGACCGCAACUUCCUCAUCUCACCGCCGGGCUCGCCGCCCGUUGGCUGGGAGCCGAUCCGCGAGGACCCGCCAAACACGGCGACGCUGGCCGACGACCUCAUCCGCGCUCUCGGCGCACUGCGCGACUCGGGCGCCAAUGUCGCAACGCAGCCUGCUGCAUCGGCGCCAGGCGCAAGCCGUGGCUCGUCUGGCCUGCAGGCGCCCAGCCUCGUCAUUCCGCCGACUCGCACCGUAGCGCCGCCGCGCCAUCCGCUCGCACCUCAGCGUGCGCCGCUGGCCGACGACGGCACCAUCGCAGUGCCAGGCGUCACAGUACAGGCAUAUGAUCCGGAGCCGGAGGAGCUCGACCCCAGCGCCAGGCCAGCACACUCGAUCAGCAGUGUCAAGGCGACGAUCGAGAGCAUGCGCGGUGCCUCGCCGUCCUUCCCAGCUGCCGAAGACAACGCACAGACCGUACCCACUGCCCAUCUGCCGGCGCUGGCGCUAGCCCCGGCGCUGGGCGCGGGGCUGGACGGCAACACGGGCAAGCGCAUCACGCCGACAGGCCGCCCGCCGCUGGCGUGA